AAAAAAUUCGAACUUUAAUGACUAAGCUUAAAAAUUCUACAAAACUUUGUGAUCAGAUGCAAUCAUUAUGUUCUAUGCAUAAUUUAGAAUACAAAAAACCAGAAAUUGAUAUGAAAGUUCGAUGGAACUCAACUUAUAAUAUGUUGAUGAAAUCUCAUGAAAUUCGAAUCCCUUUACAAAUGUUAGCUUCACAAACGAUUUACCAAAUAAUAGCAUUAUUAGAACCUAUGGAAAAAGGAACCCGGCUAUUAUGUGCUACAAAUUACCCAACAUUAGCUUUAGUUCAUUGUGUUUUUAAUAGAAUUCAAUAUCAUCUUGAUAACUAUAUUGAGAAUAACAAAGAUAUAAAUUUAGCAAUGAUUGCAUCAUCAAUGAAGCAAAAAAUUAGUGAAUACUGGAGUAUUCUUGAUAAAUCUUCAAUAGUAGCUACAAUUUUAGAUCCCAG